AUGGCAAAGGUUGGCAAUGGUGUCCAAAUUCCGCUUUCAUGGGUUCAUGAACAUGGUGGUGCAUUCCCAAAAAAUUCAAUUAAAGCAGAUGAAGGAGUAUAUGUGGCUCGUUGUCGUAUAAAUGAUGAUCUGCUGGUUGGCAAAUUUGUUUCUACCUAUGGUAAAGCCUAUUGUCCACAUGAAGGCAAAGAGUUAGAGUUCACUGAUUAUGAACUUCUAUGUGAUUCUGGUAUUCCUGGAUGUCGUGAAGGGUAUGAAUGGAUAAUGAUGAAUGGAGGUGGUGUACCAGACAUGGCAGUGGUUGGUGCAAUAGACAAAUAUGGUACACCAUUGUACAUCGUAAGAGGAAGAAUUCAAGGUGAAACAUGUGUUGGCAAGUUACUUCAGGGCGAAGGAAGUGCAUGCUUUGCAUGGGGUGGUGAUGAGCAUAAAAAUCCAGAAUAUGAUGUACUUGUUUUGAGAAAUUGAGAUACAUCUACCAUUUCUUUGAAGACAAGAAAUGAAAAAAACUUCAUUUCAAUAUUUUAUAAUUUUUAAAAAAAAUAUAUUAAAAAAGAUUUAAAUUGAAAACAUGACAAGCUAAUUCAUAAUUUGUCGGUAAUAUAUAUUCAUUUGAAUGGUUGGAUAUCAUGAUAAUAUUGUACUUUUGUUUAAAAUAUACGUCAUAAGAUCUGGUGAAUAAAGAAUAAAGGAUUAUUUAGUAAACAAACCAUUGGAUUUGUGUUUAUUAAUUUGUUCCUAUUUUUUUGAAUGUGAUUAAAAGAUUGCUGUCUGUUGUCUUUAAAUCAGUGAGUAUUACUUUUUCUUUUUCUCACAUGAACUUUAUUUUUUAGUAUGAAGUGUGGUCAUGAAUUUAAGGACAUGCUCACUUUUCUUUUUUUUGGGGUGGGGUGUUUGUCUUCUUGAACCAUAUCUAAUCCAUGACGGAUUUGCUUACUUUGUGUGCUAAAUAUAAGCAUUUUAAGUCUCA